AGGAUGCCAGCUUGGAGCUCGGGGCUUCCAAAGAGGCACUCCGGAUCGAGGAGUGCCAAGCCGCCAGGGCGCGGAGAGACGCGGCAUUUGCGGCGGCCGAGCUGAAAGACCUCGACGAGGCUUUCCAGGCAGUGGUGGUCGAACAUGAGCUGGAGUCCAGGAUGGAAGAGGAGCAGGCGCAUUUGGCAGAGCAAGCCGCUCUUCUUGCUGCAGAUCUCCGGCAGCGGCUGCGGAGAUCCUCCCAGGAGCUGCAGCAGCUGCAGAUGCAACACCAGGACUUGGCUGAAAGCGUCGAGGCUCAUGGCAGCAGGCGUCGCUCCCUCGAGCUGCUAGAACUACGGCGCAAGGAAGAGGAGCUCAACGCGUCCUCCAGGAUGGCCAGGCUACUGCAGCACACCCUGGCCGAAGAGCAGAGCUCGCGCGACGCCUGUCGCGAGGAGCUUCAGCUGGCCACCGAGGAGUGCCAGGACCAGCGCCUGCGGUGCCAGGAAGAGCACCGGGAGCUGCAAGGCGCCUGCGAGGCCGCGUUGAACGGCCUCCCGCUGCACUUCUACGAGGAGGUGUGCCGAGAGAGCCAGGCCGGAGGCGAAGGCGACCUCACCAUGGCGCGCUACGGCCACAUCUUGGAGGCGGUGGCACAGUGCGUGCGCACCUUGCUGCGGGAGAACACCCAGCUGCAGGCGCAAGGUGAGGGGGGCAACGAGCUACGGGCUUCAACAUCCACACUGGGACAGCUGGCUUUGACGCCGUUGAGCUUGUCCUUGGACAGGCCCGAGCCGGAGAGGAGUUUCACAGCUCCAGAGCUCCACCGAGAGGUCUUCGCGAUGCACCAGGAGCUGUCCGGCGCGCGCGAGGAGGUCCGCCAGCUGACGCAGCAAAGCCUCGGCCGCGGGAUCUUGCGCAGCAGGGCCAAGAAUGAAGUGCAGCAGAUGCAGUCGGAGAUGGAGGACCUGCAAGCCCAGCAUGCCAGGGAGCUGGAGCUUCUGCAGUCCGAGCUGGCGAGUGCCAAGGCUGAGAAGGCGAAGAGCCUCAGCUUUGCUUCCGAGAGCAGCCGCGAGGCCAAGUCCCCGCCCUCGCCAGGCGGCACCUCCAGAAGUCUCCGGGCGCCCAAAACGCCGUGGAAGAGGGUGAGCCACAUCGAAGCGAGGACUCCUUCUGCCUCCAGCGGUGGGCCGGGCCCCGGCGAGAACGAGGCGCUUUCCAAGGCGUUCGCGUAUGCGGAAGCGCUCUGCGAGGGCCAGCGCUACAAAGAGGCCCUGCCGUUGCUGCGGGAGGUCAUGCAGGUGGGCCGAGGCCGGGGUUUGUCAGAGCUCCGACUAGCGGACGUGGCCGCGUACAUCGGCGUGGCGACCCAGGCGGAGGGCCGCACGGACGAGGCGCUGGCCGCGUACUGCGAGGCCAUUCGGCUGGACCCGUCGCUCCACGUGUGCCAUGCCAACUUGGCCUCGUUGUACCAGUUCCUGGACCAGCCGCAACAGGCGCGUGAGCACCUGGCACAAGCGUUACAGCUGGAUCCCAGCAAUCGCGCCUAUGUGGAGCUGGCGCGGUCCCUCCGGUGACGGCAGUGGGCCCAGUUGAAGGUGGAAGGUUGGUGGAAGCUGGUUGGUGCGUGGCCAGCUGAUCCCAGAGUUCAACGUGAUCUUUGGCAUUUGCAAAAGCCAGCUCCAGUUUCGAUAUGAUGGACUUCGUCAUUUCUAGAAGCCUCGGCUUUUGGAGCGAGGAGACGUUACGUCGUCCUUUACAUCGAAUCGACCCGCAGAUCUUUCUCAUGCAAUGAUCUCGAUGGCCCCUUCUGACAGCCCUGACAGACGGUACAUUCGCUGGCCCUGCGCUGGAAGCGGACCUGAUCAAACAUGUGCCCAAAUCCUGACUUUCUGCACGUACGCAAGAUCGGACACUGAAGAGCUACCCAGAUUUCGGCGUGCGCGCGCGCGAUGUGCUGAUGCGCCUGUGGGGAACCAUUCCCAAGGAAUGGCUUGCAUAGUGCCAA